AUGCGGUGGCCCUGGGCCCUUGCGCUCCCGCUGCUGCUCCCCUGGGUGGCAGGUGGAUUAGAGAACGCGGCCAGUCCAAGGGGUCACGGGUUGUCGGCACUCGAGCCCGGGCUCUGUCGCUAUGGAACCAAACUGGCCUGCUGCUACGGCUGGAGAAGGGGCAGCAAGGGAGUCUGUGAAGCUACGUGUGAACCUGGCUGCAAGUUUGGUGAGUGUGUGGGACCAAACAAAUGUAGAUGCUUCCCAGGAUACACCGGGAAAACCUGCAGUCAAGAUGUGAAUGAGUGUGGAGAGAAACCCAGGCCAUGCCAACACAGAUGUGUGAACACACAUGGAAGUUACAAGUGCUUUUGCCUCAGUGGCCACAUGCUCAUGCCGGAUGCCACAUGUGCCAACUCUAGGACGUGUGCCAUGACAUACUGCCAGUACAGCUGUGAAGACACGGAGGAAGGGCCACAGUGUCUGUGUCCGUCCUCAGGACUCCACCUGGCCCCAAAUGGAAGAGUUUGCAUUGAUAUCGAUGAAUGUGCCUCUGGCGAAGCUGUCUGCCCCUACAAUCGGAGAUGUGUGAACACAUUUGGAAGCUACUACUGCAAAUGUCAUGUUGGUUUCGAACUGAAAUAUAUCAGUGGCCGGUAUGACUGUGUAGAUCUAAAUGAAUGUGCUGUAAAUACCCAUACGUGCAGCCUCUAUGCCAAUUGCCUUAAUACCCAAGGAUCCUUCAAGUGCAAGUGCAAGCAGGGAUAUAAAGGCAGUGGACUUCAGUGUUCCGUUAUCCCUGAAAAGUCUGUGAAGGAAGUCCUCAGAGCACCUGGUACCAUCAAAGACAGAAUCAAGAAGUUGCUUGCUCACAAAAACAGCAUGAAAAAGACGGUAAAAAUAAAAAACACCAUCGUAGAACCUGCGGGGACUCCUGCCCCGAAGGGUAACUUGCGGCCCCUUGACUCUGAAGAGAGUGUUUCCAGAGAUGGGAACCCAGAUGGAGGGAAAAGGGAGAAUGAGGAAAGAAAGAAAGAGGGGCUGGAGGAAGAGAAAAGAGAGGAGACAGCCCUGAAGAACCAUGUGGAGCAGGAACGAAGUCUUCGAGGAGAUAUCACUUUUGAAGCAGAACAUGACAAAGGCAUAACCGGAGAAAUUGCUGUAGACGGUGUCAUGCUGGUGUCAGGCUAAUGUCCUGGUGGCCUUUUUAUCAGUGGAUGCUGGAAUGUUACUGUUGUCUUUUAUAUCCUUAUAUUUGACUUUUAA